GAGAGCUGAGGCGCUGUGGGAGGAAAAUGUUGAGGGUCGUGCGAUCUAGCGGUGGAAAUGUGAACUACGUCGAAGGAAAUCAGCGAAACAGCGCGCAGGUUUGGUUUGAUUAUCGAUUAAAUCUACAAUCCCCGGAGGAAACAUGGGGAGCACAUCUGUGAUAGCACAUGUCGUUGCUAAAAAUUGGAAUAUCCAGGAUAAUUUUCAAAACAGAUGAUUAUUUGUCUGGCAGUAUUGCAAUGUGUGGUCGCAGUGAUGUCAAUGAGGGGACCCCACCACCCCAGAGGCCACUAUCACUACCAACCUAAGGGUAAUAAAAAGUUGACUCAAGAUACGGAGGCUCUGCAAGAUGUCGAGCACAUAAAAGAGGAUCUGAUGAAUGUAAAUCCAGAAGUAGAUACCAGUAAGAUGACGCCUGAGGAGUUGGAAUUCCAUUACUUCAAGCUACACGACUUCGACAAUAACACUAAACUGGAUGGUCUGGAGAUACUGCACGCUAUACAUCAUUCAACCCAUCACGACCACGACGACUCUGAAGAGAACCACGGAGACAACCGGCACAAGUCUUCCGACCUCAAGGACCGCGUCGCACCCGACAAAUACCAGUCCACGGAUGAUGAUAUGCGCUACUUCACAGAUUUGAUCGACCAGGUUUUAGCAGAGGAUGACUUAGACAAUGAUGGCUACCUGAGCUAUGUAGAAUACGUGGUGGGCCGAAAGAAAGACCAAGAUAAGAGAAACGCGGGAUUAAACAGACGAUAAAAAUGGAAUAAAUAUUUUUUCACAAUUGUUAUCACGUCUUCUAUUAUUCGUUUUCACCUAUAGUGAGGCCACGUUAUACUGGCAGUAUUCUAUUAACAUUGAUAUUGCUAUCCUUGUCUAUCAUUCGACAUAGCAGAUAACACUAUCCUUUUCCAGCUCUGCAACUAUUCCAGUUUUUAAACAAUCUGGAAAUCCAAUCAAUUAACAAAAGUAUUUG